UGAUAAUCAAUUUUAUAAUAAGCUUUAAUCUCCUGUUUCUCUCCCCACCAACACUUACCGUGUUCCUUUCACCUUCAUCACCAUUUUCAACCACUUCAAUUUCAUUUCUUCAUACUCAUCACUGUCACUUCAAUUUCCAGAUCUGAUUCUUUCACUUUUUCAAUUCCCUCCUUUUUUUUGUUUAUUCUUCACCAAUUCUCGGUGUUCGCGAUUUUUUGUUAUCGAAUUUCUGAAUUUUAUGAUUAUCAUAUGAUUUUGAUUUUGAUCUGAAUUAUUGUUAUUGUUAGAUUGAAAUUGAAAUAGUAUGCACCCUAGGCAGCGUAGUCCUAGAGGCUUUUAUGCCUCUGAAUAUCGCCACCGUGGUGGCGGCGGUGGUGGUGGUGAUGUUGGUUUUGGAAGAGGUUAUAACAACCGCAGAGGUCCUGCUUCUGCUGCUGUUGUUGUUCCUGGUGCUGCUGCCGUUGUUCCCGGCGGUGGCGGUGAUAUUUUUGUUGAGGCGGGUAGGCUAGCUGCUGAGUAUUUAGUUUCUCAGGGAUUGUUGCCACCAAGUGUUUUGUCUUUGAAAUUGUAUAAUAAUCAAAAUGGUAGUUUUAAGAAGCAUGUUGGUGUUGGUGUUGGUGUUGGAGUUGGUGGUGGUGUUGUAGGUGGUGUUGGUUUGGGGGAAAUUUCGGUGGAUGGGGGGAGGGCAUCGGUGCUUGCUCGAUUGGGGAAUAAUGUGGUUCCGAUUGUGGAUGGAGGGUUGUCUGCUGGGAGGAGGAAAUUAGGGUUUGAAGAGUUUGGAGAAAAGGGUGGUAGUAGGAGGAGAGGGAGUUUUAACAGUAAUGGGUUUGAUUGGGGUAAUAGAGAGUAUAGAAGGAAUGGAUCAUGGUCUGAUAGAUUUGGAGGUGGUUCGGAUAUUAGGGAGGAUGAUGAUAAUAUUGAUGGUGGUAUUGGUAGAGGUGCUGCUGCUGGCGAUGGUGGUAGUGGUGCUGGCGAUGGUGGUAGUGGUAGUGGUGCUGGUGUCGGCAAUGGUGUUAGACAACAAGAUGAAGAGCAGCGUCAGCUGCAGCAGCAGGAGGAGGUUGCUGUUGGUGGUGUUGUUGAUAAUGUGAUGCAGAAAUUGAAUUCGAAUGAGGAUGGUAAUGAUUUGGAAGCUGAGACUGAUAAGAAUGAGGUGUUUGAUGGUGAAUUGUCGGGAGCGAAACAAAGCUCUUCUAUUGAAGGAAAAGAUGCAUGUGAGAUGGAUGUGGAGUUUGUUGGGAGUACCAAUGAUUUGGAGAAUAUUAGCGGUGAUGUUAAGGAGGUGGUGAAGAAUGGAACUGGUAGUGGUGAAUCUAAUGAUGGCGAUAAACCAAGCAUCUCGAACAAUUCGAAGAAUUCGUCUGCUCAGUCAAGUGAUCAGGAGAAUAAUAGCUCUGGCAUAGUUUUCACUGAUUUACUUUCACUGUGUAAAUCUAUUAAGGUGCCUACUAAGACACGCUCUUCGCUGACACACAAGAAUUUGAAUGCUCUUCCCCAUGUGAACAAUGGACAAGGGAAUGCUCACGAUAUUGGGAAUCUUCAAGGACCCGAAGUCUUAGCUGAAAAUGAGUCUGUUAAAGGCUCAUCCUCAGGUGAUUUGCUAUCUGAAAAGACUUAUGAUAUAGUGCAUCUUGACUCGGAUAGUCCCGAGGCAGAACCAUCAGAACCUGUCCAUUCUGACGAGGAUAUGAAGGAAUUGGAUACUGCUUUUGAAGCUGAGGAAGAUCAAUCUGUUGAGUCUCAAUCUGAUCAAGAUGGGGGUUAUAUGCAUGAUAAAGGACAAGAGUCUACCACUGAACUACCGGAAUUUGGAGGUUGCAGUUCCGUGUCUGAGGAAAGGGGUGUGAAACGUGUUGCGGAAGAAGAUGAUGUUAGGGAGGACGCCAAAAGACUGAGAGAGUGGCAGGCCUUGCCCUCCCCUAUACCGAAGACUGAGGCAUACUUUCUCCAUAACAUCCCAAUUGAGGUGAAAGAGAGUCCAGAGCAUGAUGAAAUUUCACAUGUUGACAAGGUGAAUAUGGUUUCUGAUCAAGGGAACCUUAUGAGUAGUUCUCAGUUCACAGACGAGGGAGAUAGAUCCUUUUUCGGAUGUUCAGAGGAGAAGCCACCGUUGUCAAGUUCGUUUAGAACUUGUGAUCUGAAUCUCAUCGAAGCAUCUGAAGUUCAUGACAAUCACGUUGAUCAUCCAGUUCUUAUUUACUCGCCUCCUGUUCCUGAAACAAAGGAAGUUGUACCAGUUGAUAUUGAUCUGUCCAAAAAUCUUGCUAGUGUAUCAGGCAAAUUCACUACUCAUACAACAAAUGGCAAAGAGAUUGAAGUAAUUGAUCUAGAAAGUGAUUCCAAUCUUGAAGAAAAGGCAAUCGACAGUAUAGAUAGAAAGACAGACACUAUGUUUACAGGCCUUGAAGGUUUUACCAGCCAUGCUCAAAAUGCUGCUGAUAUACAUGAUGUUCAGGAUGGAUAUGGGCUGAUGAUAUCAGAGUUGCUUGGGACAGAUUUCACAAACUGCUCAUCAGUACCCGACGACAUAAAUUCUGUGCACGAUGAAAUAGGCCUUCACAAUGGAACGGGGACACUUGCCGAGGAUGAUUCCAUAUAUAUGUCGCUGGGAGAAUUAAGCUUUUUGCGCCCGUGGGAGCAGCCACCAUCACAGGAUUAUCAGAAGCACUUCUGAGCCAUUAUCACUCAAAUCCUCUUGGGAGACAUUAUGUAGAGGUAUGCAUCGUACGUCAACAUAGUCCUCUGUUAAAAGGUUACUAGGUUUCAACAAUAGUGAAAGUCAACACAGUCCUGUGUUAAAAGGUUACUGGGUUUCAACAAAAGUGAAAAUGCUGCUUUGGAUAUUUUUCUCUCCAUUUUACCAAUUGUCUCCUGUUUGGCAUUAUAUAAGCUAAUUUCCUGUAAUCUCUACAUCGCGGCAUGGCAUUUAGUUUAUUUUAAGAGCUAGAGGGUCAAAAUUGUAAAAUAUCCUGUUGUAACUUUACUUAUGUAUUGGCUAUCUGUAGGAAAUAUUUGAUAAAAUGGCUUUAUAUCGACAUAUUCGUCGAGAUAUUGAGCCAAUUAUAGUCCUGUACUGUGCCUAUGAGUUUAAAUUGUGAAUCCAAUUUUAUAAUGUAUAUGGUUACUUACCA